UGAGUGUGAAUUUUAAAGUGCGCUGAGUUGGCCUUAUCUACCUGACUCUACCUUGUUUCCUUCUUUAUUUCGGUGACACUAUCUAUCUAUCUAUCAAAACACGAGCAUCAAUGGCAUCCACUUCACUCAUUUCAAUUCCCCUUUCAUCUUCUUCUUCUUCUCUUUACGCCCCUCACUCUCCUGCAUUCUUUUGCACCCUCAGACAUCAAUUUCAUCAAUACAGGAACCUCAAUUCUGCCUUUUCAGUUAAUGCACAAACCCUAGACUUCACCGGUUCAUUCUUUGAAGGUGGAAUUGGUUCCGGCGAUGACCCGAUUACUCCCGGAACCGGGUUUGCCGCUGUUGAGGAAAAAGAGGAACCGCAAUGCCCACCCGGACUCAGACAGUACGAAACCAUGGCGGUUUUGAGGCCUGAUAUGUCUGAGGAUGAACGACUUGCAUUCACCCAGAAGUAUGAGGAGCUUCUUGUUGCUGGAGGUGGCAUGUAUAUUGAGGUUUUUAACAGAGGAGUUAUUCCACUAGCAUAUAGCAUCAAGAAGAAAAACAAAGAAGGGGAAAGCAACACUUAUAUGGACGGCAUCUACCUCCUAUUCACCUACUUCACGAAGCCCGAGUCCAUUACCGCCCUUGAGGCAACACUAUUGGCGGAUGAUAAUGUUGUCCGAUCAACGAGCGUCAAAAUCAGGAAAAGGAAAUAUUAGUUUAUUUUGGCAACUCAAGUAGCUCUGAAAAAGGAUGGAUAGAAAAAAGAAUGUAACAUUCAUCAUUUAUUAUUGUGGUAUGCUUUUUUUCUUUUCAUAUGGAUUCAAGUAUUUUUGUAACAUGGUUGUAUUAAAUUAAAAGAGAGUUGUAGGUGCUAUUUCUACCAGUCUGCAAAGUUAUAUUAUGCCUAGUGCAAAGUGCUAUAUAUUGCCAUUAAGGUCCAAA